AUGACAACUGCUGACACAGAACAAAAGCCGAAAGAAAAGAACCCGACUGAAUCGACCUCAGAAGAAAUAAAAGAACCUCAGUCGAAACGAUCCAAAGUUGAUACUUCUAAACCAGAAGAGGCUAUUCCAAAAAAGGUGCUAAAACAUGAAGCUGAAUAUCUUCGAUCUGUCCCUUCUUCUUCUCAAUACGAAAAAUCAUUUAUGCACAGAGACAAUAUUUCUCAUGUUAUCGCAACGAAGACAGAUUUUAUUGUCACCGCGAGUGUUGAUGGACAUUUAAAGUUCUGGAAAAAGAAAUAUGCGGAAGGAAUCGAAUUUGUAAAACAUUUUCGUUGCCACUUAAGCGAAUUUUCGCACGUUUGUGCAAAUGCCGAUGGAACUCUACUGGUUACCGUGUGCGAGAAGGACAAAUCUGUCAAAGUGUUCGAUGUUGAAAACUUCGAUAUGAUCAACAUGAUAAAGUUGGACUUUCCGCCAAGAACCGCGCAAUGGGUUCAUCAGGCAAACGAUCCAGUUGCGCAUUUAGCAAUUGCUGCUGCUGAUUCUGGCAAAAUUGUUGUAGUUGAUGGAAAAGGUUCGGCGAGUCCAAUUCAUGAACAGACACGACUACAUUCUGCUCCUGUUAAAAUUAUUCAGUAUUCACCAUCUCUUGACAUAAUUGUUUCCAUUGAUGACACUGGAAUGAUGGAAUGUUGGCACGGAGAAAAAGGAGGUUUUGAAUUUCCAAAAGAUGUUUUAACGUGGGAAUACAAAUUGGAUACGGAUCUCUACGAGUUUUUCAAAGUUAAGACAGUGCCUGUUGCUGCUGAAUUUAAUCCAAAGGGGAGAAAAUUGGCAACGUAUGGUGAAGACAAAAAAAUUCGCAUUUUCGAUAUUAUUACUGGAAAAAUUGUGCACGUAAUAGAUGAAACGACGCAAAAGUAUAUCAAUGAAGCUAAAGAAAACAAAAAUUAUGGGCUACAACAUAUGGAAUGGAGCAGAAGAGUUGCUUUUGAGAAAGAAAUUGAUAAGGAUCGUAAAAAUUCACUGCGGUUUUUACAAAUAUGUUGGGAUUUUUCGGGCAAUUUCCUUAUAUAUCCAACAGUCAUUGGGAUCAAAGUCUACAACAUUGUUACUGAAGAAGUUUCUCGAAUCAUUGGACGUGACGAAACUGUGCGAUUUAGUUGUGUCUCGUUAUGCCGAGCAAUUCCCGAUGUGCGAUCCAGACUUCAAGGCGCUGCAAUCACAAUGGAGACCGCUGCUGCUGAUAAUCCGACGCUUAAUAAGAAAACGGAUCCUGAUCCUCUUUUAGUAUGCACGGCACUCAAAAAGAAUCGCUUUUAUCUGUUCACAAACACGGAGCCGUUUAGUGUGGAAGACGAAGAAGGAAAUCCGUCAUUAUCAGGAAGAGAUGUAUUUAAUGAAAGACCAAAGAAGGAAGAUCUUCUCACUGCACUUGAUACCGAAGCAAGCGAAAAAGCAUUGAAUCGUGAAGCGAUUAUUCAUACAACAAUGGGCGAUAUCGCAAUCAGAUUAUUCCCUGAUGAAUGCCCAAAAACGGUGGAAAACUUCUGCACUCAUGCGAGACGUGGAUAUUAUAAUAAUUUAUCGUUCCACAGAGUGAUAAAAUCUUUCAUGAUUCAGACUGGUGACCCAACUGGAAAAGGAACCGGCGGUGAAUCAAUUUGGGGAGAAGAUUUUGAGGACGAAUUCCACCCACGAUUAAGGCAUGACAAACCAUUUAAAGUUUCGAUGGCUAAUGCUGGUGGCGGAAAUACAAAUGGCUCUCAGUUCUUCAUCACUGUUUGCCCAGCAGACUGGCUUGACGGGAAGAACACCUUAUUCGGAGAGGUGACGUCUGGAAUGAGUGUCGUUCAAAAAAUCAAUAAUGUUCAAACAUAUGAGCGAAGCGGAAGGCCUCGAGUAGCAGUGAAUGUGGUUUCGAUUAGUUUGAAGUGA